GGCAGCUUGCGAAGUCUACGUCACGCGGAGAGCCUUUCAAGAUGGCGCUGCCCGGUGAGGGAGUGAGCAGAUUUCUGUCCUUCCCAAACUCUGUGUUUCAGGUGUAGCUGAUGGAUGUGGGCUGUAGCCUUUUUCCAGAAGCAGCAUUUUGCUGUAUUUUGCUGCCCAGUUCGGGAAAGACAGGCUGCCGCCAUGAACUGCUUGUGGACGUUACUGCUGGCCCAGAAGCUCUCUGCUGGAAGGGGCACUCUGCUGAUGAAGGCUGCUUCUAAGAGGGAUCUCCGCCAGCUGCUGAGAAGUGACUGUCUCCAGAACUGCAGGUUGGGUACUGUGAGGAGUAUCCAGGUGAGCACAGCACUUUGCACUACCACCCCUUCAAAGGGCGAUGGAGACAAUGACAAAGAAUCCACCCAACGAGCCUUGGUGACCGUUGAAGAUAUCUUUGAGAGCACCACUGAAACUGCAAAGACUAAAGCCACGUUUCAGGAAGCUGUGGACAUCUUCUGCAAGCGGGACAUUCGCCACAGGGGUCACGUGGAAUUCAUCUAUGCAGCGCUGAAGAAGAUGCCAGAGUAUGGGGUAGAGAAGGACAUCAAUGUCUACAACAAAAUCUUGGAUGUCUUCCCCAAGGAAGUAUUUGUGCCUCGCAAUUUCAUCCAGAGGAUGUUCAAUCACUACCCUCGACAACAGGAGUGUGGUGUCCAGGUGCUUGAGCAGAUGGAGACCUAUGGUAUCAUGCCGAACAAGGAGACAAAGCUUCUGCUCCUCCGGAUCUUUGGGGACAAGAGCCACCCGGUGAGGAAAUACCAGAGGAUCAUGUACUGGUUUCCUAAAUUCAAGCACGUCAACCCUCACCCAGUUCCAGAUCCUCUGCCAAAGGACCCUGUAGACCUGGCAAGGCUGGGCCUGCAGAGAAUUGCAGCUGACUUGGAUGGCAAGGUUACCAUAUAUCAGCUGCCUCAUUCGGAGAUUUUGGACUCUGGAAAAACAAUUGACCACCCGCAUAUUGUAGGAAUCCAGAGCCCUGACCAGCAGUCGCUCCUGGCUCGCCACAAUACAGACAGGCCUGUUUUUGUUGAAGGCCCCUUCCGCUUGUGGCUGAAGGAGACGUGUGUUUAUUACUAUGUGCUCAGGGCAGAGCUGUUGCCUCGAGGAGAAAGGGAAGAAGUGAUUGACCCAGAAAGGAAUUUCUACUACCCUAUGUACCUGGAUAUUGAUCUGGAACGGGAUCUUUGGGAUGAUUACGAAUUUGACAUAGAUGAAGUUGAAGAGGGCCCUGUAUUUGCCAUGUGUAUGGCAGGGGCAGGAGACCAGGCCACCUUGGCCAAAUGGAUUGUGGGUCUUCAGAAAACAAACCCAGUUUUGCGUCAGACGCCGGUUGUGUUCCGUCUCACCCCUGGGCCCCGGGAGCUACAGUCAGGCACCAACUUGGAUAACGAUAGUGAAGAGGAGAUGGCAGAAGCUCAACGCCUCAACAGAGAUCUUUGAGCACAUGUUUUAGUUUUCAACAGAGGUCUUUAAUUUAUUAAUUCAUUUAACUUCAUGCUUGUGCUUUAAAUCCCAGGAUGCUAGUGCAAUCAUUCCUACAAAUGAUCGGAGGAAUUUUGAGUCUUGAUUGCUUGGUGUAUUGAGGGCACCUGUUCUUCAACAAAGCACCACUCCUCUCAGCUGCAACACUUAACAUUGAACACCUGUGGACAGAGUUGACACCUUUGCUAUAACAGCAGCAGAGGAAUGUUGCAUCUCCUUUUGGAAAAGUUUUUCCCCAGAUAAACUUUCAGAUCAAGAGUUGAUACCUUUAAAAAUCGCUGCUGUUCUUUCAAUUGUCUAAGAGGCUGCAGUGAACUUCCCUGUGUUCCCUUCUGUGGCGUUUUCUUUUUAGAAAUCCACUUUCCUUGACUUCUUUCUGAUGGUUUCAUAACAGCGUUUUCAGUGACAGAGCCUCCAUUCUUUGACUACAAUUCUUCACUUCCGUAUCACUGCAGCCCUGGCAGUUAGAUGAGCUGAGCUUUUCUUCCUCUCAUUGACCUGAUACUGGAAUUGGAAGGUUUGGUACUCUAUGAGUAUUGGUCAGUGGUAAGGAUUAAAAGUCUGUGGGUUGUUUUUCCUGAUGUGAUUCUGCUUUUGUACCUCCCUCCCAGCACCACUGUCUUUGUGUAAUGUAUGCUAGCAUUAAAAAAGAAAGUCAAAUGUCA